GACAGGGGGGAAAAAAAAGCCCCUUCGCUUCUGCAAUGAGAAGAGGAAUUGUCGGUACCCAAAUCCCCAUCUCCUGUUCUCCUGUUUGGUAAAAUUCUCCAGCCAAGCCUGGCACGGACUGAGUAGUAGGCGAUUUCACUCCACCGUCCGUUCACAAAAGACUUCCAAAUUCACUGCGGCAGACAGCGCAAGAUUAAAAUGUUAAAUACAUCCUCCCUGGGAGGAGACUGAAGCCUCCACGCUCAAUCGAAGGUUUGCAAUAAUAGGAUUCAUAAAAAAAAAAAGGACAGAUGGGAUUAGAAAAUGUUGCAGUGAAGACGGUGGAAUGAGAUGAGCUCACAGCACCAGGCUGUCUUUUGUGGACCUGCACAAUGAUCCCCGAGCCAGACUGGAUUAGCGACGCUCGAGACUAGGGGUCUGGAGAGCGGAGUCCGUACCCAGGCACUUCGGGGAGAAAAGGCUGCGACGAUGCAUCAGAUCUACAGCUGCAGCGAUGAGAACAUCGAAGUGUUCACCACCGUGAUCCCUUCCAAGGUGUCCAGUCCAGCCAGGAGAAGAGUCAAAAGCUCUCAACACCUCUUGACCAAGAAUGUGGUGAUCGAGUCGGACCUGUACGCGCCUCGGCCCCUGGAGCUGCUGCCCCACCGCGGGGACCGCCGGGACGCAGGGGAUGCACGCAGGUUCGGCCGCCUUCAGAAUGCACGGCCGCCCGGGGCCCAUCCCGCCAAAACCCCCUCCAGACCAGUGGGGAUUUCAGAGCCCAAGGCAUCGCAUCUGUGUGGGAAUCGAGCAUAUGGAAAAUCCUUGCUUCCUCCGGUGCCCCGGAUCUCCGUGAAAGCUUCUGCAGCGCCAGCGGCGGAGGCAGCAGCCGCAGGCUCGGAGAACAGGGCUGCGCUAGCCAGAGGAUCUAGACACCUGAAGAAGAUGGCGGAAGAGUACCCAACUCUGCCCCAAGGAGCAGAAGCCUCCCUGCCGCUCACAGGCAGCGCCUCCUGUGGCGUCCCCGGGAUCCUCCGGAAAAUGUGGACGCGGCACAAGAAGAAGUCUGAAUAUGUGGGCGCCACCAACAGCGCCUUUGAGGCUGACUAAAUUAGGAGACCCUCGCCGGGUGUGCCGAGGUCACCCAGGGUCACUGGCCAAAGGGAGAGCACUCCAGGAAUGGCACAGGGUCCCACUCACCUCUGCUGGUAACCGGUCCACAUACGUCCUCCUCCCUCACCGCCCCAUCACCCUGGCCGAGGGCACUGGAAAGACGCGUCCCUGGGAGGCAAAAUCAAACUGCUCCUUAGAGUUGCAGAAGCCAUUCGUCUGGGAGGACCUGAGGGUUACAUGCUAUCUGUAGACAAAACCAUACCCAAAUUGAACUUUCGCCACCCACUUUAGAGACCUUUAGGGAAGGGGGAAGUGAGUCCUCUGUCUUCCUGGUGAGUUGUUCUGAAGUGUGUGAUUUCUGGUGUAAACCUACAAGCUGGACAUUUGAGGCAUUUCUCAUUAUCGCAUUUACUUCACGUUGACGAGGUACGAUUUUGAAGGACAAAGCACCGUAUGUGUACUUAGUUCUAAGAUCCACGUCAAGAUCAGCUUCCACCACCAUCUGGCAUGGCUGCAUGAAUUCUCUCUUCUUUCAUGUGCAGUUUUUCUACAGAAAAACACUGAAAAUCAAAUGUUGACUGCUAACGUUUUCUGAAGUGGCGUAGUCUAAUGGAAUUAAUAAGACCUUGCUUUGGUACAAUGAUUUUAGCAUUUGAAAGUGUUUUCCUGUCCAUUAUCUCUUCUUAUCUUCACAAAACCCCAAUAUACAGAUGAGGAAAUCAAGGCCUUUGGACACUAUGGCUAGGUAGAAAGUGGGUAGCAGAACUAGGUACCAGCUCCUCAACUUCCCUCUAGAAGACUGUCUGCUUUGCUUGCUCUAGCAACUGACUGGAGCAAGUUUUUGAAUGGUGGGAACAUGUCUCUGGGGGCAACAUUUGAGGGGAAGAAUCUGAUGAAGUUAAAACAAGUAAGUGAUCUCAAUGAAAUACAUCAUUAUGUAUUAGGUUAAAUCAGAAAAAAAUGCCACUUUUCUAAGUCAAAAACUGUCGGCUAUUGAUUUCAUAAGGUUCAACCUAAUACAUAAGCUUACUAUGCUUUCCUUCUUUCAAUGGACAUGCCAUUAUCAAUUCCAUGGUCAACAACAGUAACCUGAAGAUGAUACUAUGAUAAUGGUAAUUAUAGCUAUUGCUUAUUAAAUGUUUACUAUAUGCCAAGCAUGAUACUGGGCACUUUACAUACAUUAUCCUAAUAUUUCUAACAACUCUGAGUUAGCUGGCCUUUCCCAUUUAGUAGACACCUAUUUGAAACAGGUGAAAUGAUUACUCUUACGGGAGUCAGGCUUCAGUGCCUGUCUUACAUUUCUUCCUUCACAUACAGUACUUCAGAACAUGGAGAAGGGCUGAAGUUAUUUUCAUUUUCUCAAAUGCUAAGCCUAGUGGAACAAUAGGGGCACUUGGUGUGCUGUGUGGAGAUGGAAUCUGAGAUAGAGGAGUGCAGCACUCAAUUGGUGAUGCCUGCAUUGGGAUUAAUGACAUAUGCCUUAUAUAUAAGUAUCAUCUGUGGCCUAAACUCUGCCCCAAAAGGUCCGUUUUCUAAUUAAGAGACUUAAAUUCAUCUGACCUACUUAAUGCAAUCAGAAAUUCCAUGGUGAAAAUCUGGCUUAAGACUGUGUCUUUGUGUCUUGGCACAAAGAAGAGUUUGGCCAUUUUCCAGGUCUCAGAUUCAAUUGUGAUUUACGUUUGCUGCCCUGAGGCCAUCCGAGCCUUGCUUUUGCUGCCUUCCCUGUUCUCUGCCUGCAUGUGAACUAUAAGAAGGCAUGGGGUGGGUAAGAGCCUUGGGCUUCUCGGCUUUCGCCUUGCUGGUCAUGCUCUUGCACUGUUGCUUUAGACUCUGAGAACCCAAUCCUCAUCUUGGCACGUGGUCUGGGAAGGGGCCUCAAGUGCUUUUCCAUUGAGAUGCGAGUCCCAGUGGAGUGUCCCACGACCUCAGCUGUGGGGAUCCAGAACACUGUUAGGAAGCAAGCAGGUGAUCUGUGCUGGACCUAACAGAAUAUCCUACAGCCGUUUAACUUAUUUAAUUGAUGACUGAUGUCUUUUAUUUAUAUGUGGCAGCUGGAGACUUCUGUAGGAUGAAACUUUUUAUUUUUCAUUUAAAUAUCAUGUGGUGAAGUGUUUGCCUUGUAUAGAACAUUUUAUUUAGCCAAUUGAAAUAAAAAUAAUGUGAGCUUUGUUUGUGAAGUUAAUAAAGCACAGCAAGAGCCUG